AUGGUCCCCAAAGAAGAUUACUUGUACUGGGGAAUUGCCAAACUUCUCCUCCAUUUCAGAUGGAACUGGGUUGGUCUCCUUGCACCGGACACUGACAAUGGCAAAAGAUUCCUGCAGAAUCUUAAUCCCAUAUUAACCCGGAACACAAUUUGUGUUGCCUUCUCAGUGAGCAUCCCAACCGUGUUCUGGAAAAUGAGGCUCCUGCACAACGAACCAUUUCACUUGUGGAACCAAGUCAGCGUUUUAAUAUAUUUUGGAGAAGAUCGCCAUUUUUACAGCUCUAUACACCUAAUUCAACGCCACGUUCAAAGGCACAUCAAGCCUCUCCUGGCGAAAGUUUGGAUCACCACAGCCCUGUGGGACCUCUUCAUGAAUUUAUCUCAUGAAGUACUGUCUCCCCAACAUUUCCAGGGUUUCUUCUCUUUCUUAAUGCAAGUUGGAAAAAGACCGCAGUAUGUUUAUGAAACAUUUUUCAUCCCUAUGCAACGGUUUGGCAUGAAGGCCUUCAGCUGUUUGUAUUCCAAACACUUCUUUUCUGUGAAAGGAAGGGUGAGGUGCCAGGAGAAUGAGGACCUGGAGACCCUACAGGAAGAGGUGCUAGAGAAAACCCUCUCUCUGGAUGGCUACGGUAUUUACAACCUCGCCCGGGCAGUUGCUCGGGCAUCACACACUGCCUACUUAUCCAGAUCCAAGCAGAAAGCGAUGAAAGAAAAAAAUCAGAAGCUGAUGCUUCAGACAUGGCAGUCUCUGCCUCGCUCCAGGUGUACCGAAAGCUGUCGUCCUGGCCAAGCCAAGGUGGUCCUGGAAGGAAGGCCUCUUUGCUGCUACAGAUGUGUCAUGUGUGCAAAAGGCACCAUCUCCACUCAGGAAGAUGCAGAGAAGUGCACAAGAUGUCUAGAAGAUCAGCAUCCAAAUAAAGACCAAACCAAAUGCAUCCCCAAGAAAGUAACCUUCUUGUCUUACAAAGAAGACUUGGGCAUAAUCCUGGCUUCCUCUAGCCUCGUCUUGUCUUUGAUCACUGCCUUCGUCUUAGCAAUCUUCAUCAAAUUCUUAGAAACACCCAUAGUCAAGGCCAACAACCGGGACCUUUCCUACAUCCUUCUGGUCUCUCUCCUGUUGUCCUUCUUGACCUCCCUCCUCUUCAUUGGUCGUCCCAGGGCAGCCACCUGCCUUCUCAGGCAAACAUCCUUCAGCAUCAUCUUCUCUAUUGCAGUAUCUUCCAUCUUAGCCAAAACGAUUACAGUGGUGCUAGCCUUCCUGGCCACAAGACCUGGGAAUUCUGUGCGGAGAUGGUUGGGAAAGAUUUUAGCCAACUCUAUUGUCCUUUCUGGCUCUGGUCUCCAAGUUAUCAUCUGUACCGUCUGGUUGGGAGUUUCUCCCUCAUUUCCCGAGUCUGACGUGCACUCCCAGCCAGAAGAGAUUGUUCUGAAGUGCAAUGAAGGCUCUAUCAUCAUGUUUUACAGUGCCCUCUCAUACAUGGGCUUCUUGGCUGCCAUCUGUUUCACGGUGGCUUUCCUGGCCAGGAACCUUCCUGGGGCCUUCAAUGAAGCCAAGCUGAUCACCUUCAGCAUGUUGGUCUUUUGCAGUGUGUGGGUGUCCUUUGUCCCCACCUACCUAAGUACCAAAGGGAAAUAUAUGGUAGCUGUGCAGGUCUUCUCCAUUCUGGCCUCCAGUGCCGGACUGCUGGGCUGCAUCUUCAUUCCCAAAUGCUACAUUAUCUUACUACGACCUGACCUGAAUACAAAGGAGCAGCUAACAGCAAAAA